ACCGUCGUAAACUAGAAUUUCCCUACGGCUUCUUAGCUUUACGAUGGCAACAAGUAUGGCGGCUGCUAGUGGUAGAUUUGAAAGUGCGAAGAGUAUCGAAGAGCGGAAGGAACAGACCCGAAAUGCCAGGGCCGAGGUGUUGCGCCAGGCCAAAGCCAAUUUUGAAAAAGAAGAAAGGCGUAAAGAACUUAAGCGACUUCGGGGUGAGGAUACAUGGAUGCUACCUGAUGUGAAUGAGCGACUCGAACAAUUCUCACAGGAACACUCUGUGAAGAAAAAGAAGAAAAACAAGCAUUUAAAAAAAGCAAAGAAAGAGAAGAAAAAAAAGAGCAAGAAACAGAAGUAUGAAAAAAACAAUGAGUCAUCUGAUAGCUCAUCAAGCUCUGAAGAUGAGUGGGUUGAGGCUGUUCCAUCCCAGACUCCUGACAAGGAAAGGGCCUGGAAAGUGAAAGAUGAAAAGUCAGAAAAAGAUGACACCCAAAUUAUCAAGAGGGAUGAGUGGAUGACUGUUGAUUUUAUGUGUGUUAAAACUGUGUCGUCAUCAUCACUCAAAGCUGAAAAGGAAACUAUGAGGAAAAUAGAGCAAGAGAAAACCCAAGCACUUAAACAGUCCAAACUGAUGGAAAGAGAAUUGAAUCCGUACUGGAAGGAUGGUGGGACAGGUCUUCCACCCGAAGACUGUGGUGUGUCGUCGAUUACUAAAGUUUCAGUGGUAGAAGAUGGUGGAUUAAGCUGGCUAAGGAAGUCUUAUCUAAGAAUGAAGGAACAAGCUGAGAGACAAAAUAGAAACUUUGAGGACAUUGUAGCCGAAAGAUAUGGGUCAAUGGAAAUAUUUCAGUCGAAAUUAGAAGACGCUGAAAAAGCUGCAUCCACGAAAGAAGAUUAUAGACGGGAGCGGUGGAGGAAACCCACAUAUUCAGAUAAAGCACAAACUUGUCAGGAAAGUAGAAAAUCAGACUUAGUAAAAUAUGAUAACAGUUCAAGGGAUAGAUACGCUACAACAGAUACUGCAAAAAAUAGCAAUAAUGAUAAAUUUAUUGGUGAUGAAAAGGAUAAGAGACCUGGGUCUUUAGAAACAUGUGGAAGAGAAUCUAACCCAAGGCAAAAUCAAGAGUUUUCUUUUGGCAAUUUGAGAGCUAAAUUCUUAAGACCCUCUGAUGAUGAAGAGCUGUCAUUUCACAGCAAGGGCAGAACAUUUGAACCACCUAGUUCAUCUUCAGCAUUGGUAGCUCAGGGCUCUUUGCGUAGUGGUUUUAGAAAACCCACCGAGAACAGUGAAGAAAGAUUAACAUCAUGGAGUCACUCUGAUGGGAGAGGAGGCAAGAAACAUUCAAAUCAAAAGCCACUGGAAACCAGUACUGAUGAAUACCAGCGUGUUCCAGAAGAUACGAGAGAAAAAUCACAAGAUGAAGACUUGAGAGGUGACCCUCCAAAAAAAGAACAUCUACAGGACACAAAGUCUACAUUUGCUGGAAGUCCAGAGCAUGAGUCCAUUCAUAUCCUGAGUGUUGAUGAGAAGAACAAGUUGGGAGCCAAGAUUAUCAAAGCAGAGAUGAUGGGGAAUAUGGAAUUAGCUGAACAACUUAAAGCUCAACUUGAAAAGGCAAAUAAAUUCAAAGAAACUGUAACACAGACACCAAAAAAAUCUGGGGUAGAGAAUGAAGACCAGCAAGAAGUAAUCCUUGUCAGAACAGAUCAGUCUGGAAGAGUAUGGCCUGUGAACACACCCGGAAAAUCUCUGGAAUCACAAGGAGGAAGAAGAAAGAGACAGAUGGUUUCAACCCAUGAGGAAAAAGAAAGGGUCAGAUACUUUCAUGAUGAUGAUAAUCUAAGCCUAACUGAUUUGGUCAAAAAUGAAAAGAUGGGAACAGCAGAAAAUCAAAACAAGCUCUUUAUGAGAAUGGCAUCUAAGUUUAUGGGAAAAACAGAUGGAGACUAUUACACCCUGGAUGACAUGUUUGUCUCCAAAGCAGCUGAGAGAGAACGUCUUGGUGAAGAGGAAGAGAACCAACGGAAAAAGGCUAUUGCCGAACAUCGGAGUCUUGCUGCACAAAUGGAAAAAUGUCUGUAUUGUUUUGACAGCUCUCAAUUUCCCAAGCAUCUUAUUGUUGCAAUAGGUGUUAAGGUUUAUUUAUGUUUACCCAACGUACGGUCUCUUACUGAGGGACACUGCCUGAUAGUCCCUUUGCAGCACCAUAGAGCAGCUACUUUAUUGGAUGAAGACAUCUGGGAGGAGAUCCAGAUGUUCAGAAAAUCAUUGGUAAAGAUGUUUGAAGAUAAAGGAUUAGACUGCAUCUUUUUGGAAACUAAUAUGGGCAUGAAGAAACAGUACCACAUGGUUUAUGAAUGCAUUCCUCUCCCCAAGGAAGUGGGCGACAUGGCUCCCAUCUAUUUUAAGAAAGCCAUAAUGGAAUCUGAUGAAGAGUGGUCCAUGAACAAGAAGUUGAUAGAUCUCUCUUCCAAAGAUAUCAGAAAGUCUGUACCCAGAGGGUUACCUUACUUCUCUGUGGAUUUUGGCCUUCACGGAGGGUUUGCCCAUGUCAUUGAAGAUCAGCACAAAUUCCCUCAUUACUUUGGAAAGAGGACCAUCUUCUGCAAUGAGUAGAAAUGUCUCAAGAGGACUCUCAACUCCAGAGGUUUGACUCAACACUUUUUAAUGCUCUUGAUCUUAAUGGUUUAACCAGCGUAACAAAGUUACAUGCAUCUUUGAACUGUUGCAACGUGUUACAGAAAGUUGUUUGAGAGGUGUUCAGAAUUUUUUUUUAACUAGAAGGAAAUGUUUUCCCACUGUUCUGAAAAAUCCUGUUGUUACUCAAUAGAGCUUUAUAACUAGAAACUCUAUGGCUGGAUUUAUUAAAAACAAAAACGAAACAAACAAAAAAACUUGGUCCAAGAAAAAAGAAAGUUAAAAUAUCCAGUUUUUAAAAGUUGUAUAUAUUAAACUGGGAGAUUGCCCUCUCUUCACAUAUUAUUCAUGCAUUCUGGUUUAUAUGAUACAGUUUUGGAGUUAAAAGUAAAUUUUCUCUGUCAGCAUUGUGUCACUGAGCCAUUUUCCUCAAAAUUUGCUUUUUAAGAAAUAGCCUGUGGGCUCGAGACCUCCCUGCAGUCUGCUGCUGAAGCAGUUCAGAGAGCUAGAAGAGAUUAUGGGGGCAGUCUUUCCAUUAACAGCUGCUUUGAUAGCAGAACAAGAGUCAAGCUUAUAUGGUACAGAUAAGACAAACCUUGGUAUUUUAUAGACAAUUUUAGGUUAACUUUUAUAAGCUAGUCUUUCUUAAACUACAUUGUUUAUUUGGACCAAUGCUGAGAAGCUCUCGAACUAAAUCUAAAUUUGCCCCAUUUCUCUUUUCUACUAUCUCUGUUGACCCCUUUAUUUCCCUUCCCUGAUGAUAGGAGGUUCCCUUUUCCAUGAAGCAUCUCUUGGUCUAUCCAACAACUAGAGUUUUGUUUUGUUUUGUUUUGUUUUUGAGUCUCCAAAUGGUCUGCUUUGGCACUUACCUUCUACUUUAUGAGACAGUCUGUUGCACAGCUGGAUUAUUACGGCUCCCACCACAGCUCCAGAUUCUAUUCUGUCUGAAGACAACAGUGUGUUAUCUCUGUAUCCCCUACAACAUAAAUGCCAUUUGCUUCUGCAUAGUAGGUCCCCAAGUAAGAUGAAGAACCUGCAUCUGAAAGAUUAUGUGCUUUGUGCAGGAUCUCACCACACAGUCCAGUGGAGCUAGACUGACUACGCAGAAUUUGAUCCUUAGUCUGUUUUUUGUUGUUGUUGUUUUGUUUUUUGUGUUUUUUUUUCUUUGUUACCAUACUGCCCUCCCUCUAAGCAUGUAAGCAUUAGGAGUCUCCCCCAUGUCUUUCUUACAUGGAUACUCACAUGACUAAAUUUGAUUUAUUUCUAUAGCUAACAGCACAGGAAGAGGAUCAUGAAGGAAAUCAAAAAUAAUACGCAGAUAACCAAAAAGCCAUUUAUUACAGGACUUGAGAAUGUGAUUUUUUAAAUGAAAGUAAUAUAUAAUUUUUAAUUCUAUUGAUAGGUUUACUUAGACUAGUAUUACAAUAGGAUUUUGUUUCCUGAAAAAAAGAUUUCCUGCUAAUAGUGGAAGAAACUAAUUUAUAAAUAUACUUGGUAGCAGAGAGAGAACAUUAGCCUGGGUUUCACCUGCAGUUGAGCAAUAAAGUUAAUAAUUGCUACAAGUUGAUUAACAUUUUUGCAGAAUUGUUUACUGGAGCCUCUAAUAGAGAUCAAAUUAAUUAAAUUUCACUUUUUCUGCCUCCCCUUUGUUACCAUCUAGUAGAUGUGCUAAUAAGCAACAAAAUGGACAAAUUGCUUGAUAGGAGGUGCGGCUAUCUUGGACUCUUAGAAUCACACGGUUUGCAUAGUUAGAAUUAAUUGAAAACAUUUUUUUAACUUCAACUAGUAUUUAUGCUUGAACAUUGUCAUGGAGAACUACUUGUUAUAUUUUAUAGCAGAAUAAACAGAAGUAGUUUAUGUUUUCGUUAUUUAUACAUGCUUGUGUUUGUGCUUUUCUCUUUCUUUAAAAGGAAAUCAUAGGUGGGAUGCUGGAUAUAGAACCAAGACUUUGGAGGAAAGGCAUCCGAGAAAGCUUUGAGGAUCAGAGGAAAAAAGCACUGCAGU